ACUCUUUCGAGCAGUAUUAGAAAAUCCUGAUUUAGAUGGUGAAGACGGUCGACUUCUGGCUUUAUCAGCUUUACGUUUAACUACUAACACUGAACAUUCACAAUUACGUAUAAUGUAUUCAGAAACACUUCCCAGAUUAUUGAAAAAAAAAAAAGAUUUUAAAUAUAAAUAG